CACCACACCCCCAACGCUGAUUCUUGCAGUUUUCGCGCCGCCAGCUCGACCGCCACCUCCGGCACCGCACUGCCGCACCUUCUACACGGUUUGAAGGGAACACCCACAAACAAAAGAAAGAAUACCCCAUUUUACAUUCUUCAGCUUGCUCGGCUUUUCAUCCAAUUUUCUUUUCUGGGUUUUAAGCUCUCAAGAAAAAGAAGAUGGGGUCAUCAAAUAUCCGGGACGUUUUGACUUCGUUUAGUCCAUCUUUAGACUUGUUUGCAAUAACUCUUGGUGAUGGUCGAAUAAAGAUAUGGGACACAGGGAAGGGUCAGCUCCAGACUGAAUUUGCAGAUAUUUCUUCAACGGAAACGACGAGUAUAUUUGGGAAUCGGGAAGGUCACCUUUCAAUGGAUUAUACUUGUAUGAAGUGGUUGUCUUUGGAGAGAAAGAAAAAGCGGAAACUUGGAAGUUCCCUAUUGGUGUUGGGAACGGGCGGUGGUGAUGUUCUGGCAUUGGAUGUUUCUGCUGGCCAGUUGAAAUGGAGGGUUAACAACUGUCAUCCAGGGGGUGUCACUGCUGUUUCAUUUUCAGUACAUGGUUCACACAUUUAUACUGCUGGUGCGGAUGGAAUGGUUUGUGAAAUUGACUCAAUGUCAGGAAAUGUGUUAAACAAGUUGACCGCUUCUUCAAGGGUAAUAUCUUCUCUGGCAGUUUCCCCAGAUGGGAAGAUGAUAGCAACUGCAGCAGGUCAAGUGAAGAUUUUCAAUUCUUCAAAUCAAAAAAAGCUGCAGAAGUUUUCUGGCCAUCCUGGUGCUGUGAGAUGUAUGGUUUUCUCUGAAGAUGGUCGAUAUGUGCUUUCUUCAUCUUUAGUUGAACGAUAUGUUGCAGUGUGGAAAAUUGAUGGUAGCAAAAAGAAAUCAUCUUCAGUGUUUCUUGCAAUGGACCACCCUGCUGUCUUCUUGGAUAGCAGAUGCACCAGUAGUGGAGAUGCAGAUGCUGGUCUAUCUGUUCUGGCUAUAUCCGAAAUUGGUAUUUGCUAUUUUUGGCAUGGAAAGACAAUAGAUGAGUUGCGGAAUUCCAAACCCACAAAAAUCAGUGUACCUUGUGAUGGCGGAGUUCUAAAGAAACACAAGGGGGCAGUUCCGAAUGUAUUUGCUGCAAAACUACAAAACAUUUCCGAGCCUGCAUGUGGUCACAUGUAUCUUGCUUUUGGUUUACUUAUAAAACCGACAUUUGAGAAAGUUCUGGUGCACUCUGGGACAGACAUAGAGUUAAAUUUUUCAGAAGAUGGUAUCCUUCGACCUAUCAGUCAAUCACACAUAUAUGAAAGAGCGUCAGAGACCAGGAGUAAAGUAACUGCUUUGGAUCGCACAAAUACGGAGGGUGCGCUACUUCCCGUGCCUAAGAUAUUUGAUCCGGUUGACAAUAAGAGCGGAACUAAGCCUUCGGGAGGCACAGAUGAAGGCGAAUUGGACUCUGUCACCCUUUGCAUGGAGGACCAGCUGAGAUCUUUAGGGAUACUUGGCAGUAAUGAUCUUAGCACAACCUUGGAUUCUGAAAUAUUGGACGGCAUUAAGCUUGAUUCAAGUAUGCCACAUAAGAAGGUGAAAGCAACUGUCUCAUCCAUGGAACCUAAUGAUGCAUUCAACCUGUUGAAGGGCUUGGUUGAUGUUUGGGAAUCCAGAUCUCAGAGUGCCAAGCAUGUUCUUCCUUGGAUAUGCUGUAUAUUAGUGUAUCACAGCGAUUAUGUUAAAUCUCAGGAACCAAAACUUCUUGAUUCCUUGUACAAGGUUGCCAAAUCAAAAGUGCCAGCCAUGAACUCUUUAUUCCAAUUGUCUGGUCGUUUGCAACUUGUGUCAGCUCAGAUUGACAAGGCCACGAAUAACAGAAGGCAGGUCUUAGAACGUGAUGUGCAAGAGGAUGAAAGUGAAGAUGAAGAUGUUGAUGAAGUUCUCUAUGGAGUUGAUGAAGAUUCUCCGACAGAGUGAUAGUGAUGAUUAGGUGUCCUUGCAACAGAAAGAUAUCCAGUCAAUCCACUGCUUGUGGCAAUAGCAGAUUCACGCGAUGGAUUUUCCUGGUCUUUUUGUUCUUUCAAUGACUCUUCUGGUGUUGUCAUGUCUGCUGGCGGGUUUGUGGACUCCAAAGGUGUUGCUCCUCCAUCAAUGGCCCCACCUUCAGGCGGUGUCUUCUCUGCUGGCAGUUUGGUGGACUCCGAAAGUGGUGCUCCUCCAUUAGUGGCCCCACCUUCAGGUGUUGGUUCUUUUGGUUGAUCGAACUGUUCUGAAUGUGAAGAAAUGACUGCCCUUUUUCUUGUUUUCAUGAUGGCUUUGACUAUUAUAUCAGGAUCUGCCCACCCAACUACUGUUAUCUUCUGCUGACAUAAAUCAACGUAGAUAUCAUAUA